CGCCUUCAUAGGCCUCGAGGUGAGAAGAACCUGGAGGUUUGGUCGUGGCAGUUGCGGGACUUGCGUGGCCUGAAGCUUUGCUGAGAGCCGCGUUCUUGUGGCGGGGGCGGAAGCGGGACGUCUCGGGCCGUCCUCUGGCCCAGGCGGGACAGCAGUGCCCGGGUCUGGCCUGGACCUCCGCCCUGGGAAGCUGAAUCUUCAGUCCUCUGCACCUUCCUAAACGCUACAGAAAAUGGACAUAUCUGAGAUUCUUCUCAAAAUAUAUUGGCUACUUGAGAGAUGUCAUUACACUCCUGUGAUUUAUACAGAAGCAUACUGUCUUGUCCACUCUGACUGGCGGGCUUCCCCAUCAAGAAGUCUCUUAGUGAAACUCCAUGCUGCUCAGAUUCUUCUCAAAAUAUAUUGGCUACUUGAGAGAUGUCAUUACACUCCUGUGAUUUAUACAGAAGCAUACUGUCUUGUCCACUCUGACUGGCGGGCUUCCCCAUCAAGAAGUCUCUUAGUGAAACUCCAUGCUGCUCAGAUUCUUCUCAAAAUAUAUUGGCUACUUGAGAGAUGUCAUUACACUCCUGUGAUUUAUACAGAAGCAUACUGUCUUGUCCACUCUGACUGGCGGGCUUCCCCAUCAAGAAGUCUCUUAGUGAAACUCCAUGCUGCUCAGAUUCUUCUCAAAAUAUAUUGGCUACUUGAGAGAUGUCAUUACACUCCUGUGAUUUAUACAGAAGCAUACUGUCUUGUCCACUCUGACUGGCGGGCUUCCCCAUCAAGAAGUCUCUUAGUGAAACUCCAUGCUGCUCAGAUUCUUCUCAAAAUAUAUUGGCUACUUGAGAGAUGUCAUUACACUCCUGUGAUUUAUACAGAAGCAUACUGUCUUGUCCACUCUGACUGGCGGGCUUCCCCAUCAAGAAGUCUCUUAGUGAAACUCCAUGCUGCUCAGGGGACAUGGGUUCAAUCCCUGGUCCGGGAAGAUCCCACGUGCCUUGGAGCAACUAAGCCAGUGAGCCACAGCUACUGAGCCGGUGUGCCCUAGAGCCCACGUGCUGCAACUACUGAAGCCUGCGCGCUCUAGGGCCCAUGUGCCACAACCACUGAGCCCACAUGCUGAAACUACUGAAGCCCACGUGCCUAGAGCCCGUGCUCCACAACAAGAGAAGCCACUGCAAUGAGAAGCCCCUGCCUGCUGCAACUAGAGAAAGCCCACAUGCAGCAACAAAGACCCAGCACAGCCAAAAGAAAAUAAAUUAAAAAAAAAAAAGUUCUCAUCACAAGAAAAAAAUUCUUGUGUAUGGUGAUGGAUGCUAACUAGAUCUGUUGUGGUGAUCAUUUUGCAAUAUAUGUAAAUAUUGAAUCAUUAUGUUGUAUACUUGAAAGUAAUAUAAUGUUCUAUGUCAAUUGUACCUCAAUUUAAAAAAAGAAAAUUUCAAGUAUAUAUGUAAGUUGGAGAAGAGAAAUGGAGGAGUAUUUAGAGGUGGAUAUGGAGGUCAAAAGAGGUAUUAUGUAUUUAUUUUUUAA